AUGGUGGUGGAAGCUGCCUACGACCAGGGCUUUAUUGCCCAAGGCACUGCCGAUCAAGUGAACUAUGAACAACACCUCCACGAGGCUGGCAAGGAUGAAACCAUCCCCGCUGGCCUUAGUCAUCUGGGGGACUCUGGGAAGAAGGUCGACGAGGACGUUACGGAAUGGCACUUCCCUACCGAGGAGGAGCGCUCGACGCUGCGCCGUGUCCCAGAGAAGAUCAACUUCCCUACCUUUGCGAUCGGAAUUUGCGAGUUUGCUGAGCGUUUCAGUUACUACGGCGCGACGCAGGUGUAUAACAACUUUAUCCAGUUUAAGCGCCCUGUCAUCGACGGCGUCGUCCAGCGCUCUGGCGCCGGUCGCGGUAUCGCGCAGCACUCGGGUGCGCUUGCCAUGGGCUCGCGUGCUGCGACGGGUCUGAUCACAUUCAACUCGUUCUGGUGCUACGUUACCCCGCUUGUCGGCGCGUGGCUCGCCGAUACGUAUUGGGGCCGUUUCAAGACGAUCACCUACGGUGUUUUCGUUGCUCAGAUCGGCCAUAUUCUGCUGGUCAUUUCUGCGAUUCCUGGUGUGCUGGACAACCUCCAGGGUGCCAAGGCUUGCUUUAUCAUUGCGCUGAUUAUCAUGGGUACGGGCACGGGUGUGUUCAAGGCGAGUUGCCCCGUGCUGGUGGCCGAGCAGAUGAAGGUCAAAGAAGAGACGGUUGUGACGCUCAAAUCGGGCGAGCGUGUGAUUAUCGACCCUGCGCUUACGACCGCUCGUGUUUACGUUUGGUACUACCUCAUGAUCAACCUGGGUUCGCUUGCUGGUCAGCUUGGUAUGAUCUACGCCGAGAUGAACCACGGCUACUGGCUUGCGUACCUGCUCCCCACCCUCGUCUUCUUCCUGCCAGUCCCUGUGCUCUGGUUCGGCCGCAACUACUAUGUCAGCACGCCGCCGCAGGGUUCGGUGCUUAGCACUGCCUGCAAGGCGUGGGGCCGUGCGAUCAAGGCCAGCUGGAGCUGGAACCCCACCACUUUCAUCCGCAACUGCAAGAGCGACCACUUCUGGGACGUUUCGCGUCCCUCUAUGGUGCAAGACCAGUCUCCCGACUGGAUGAUCUACAACGACCGCUGGAUCGAUGAGCUGAGCCGUGGUAUCAAAGCUUGCGCCAUCUUCAUCUUCUUCCCCUUGUACUGGCUGUGCUACAACCAGCUGACGGGUCCUCUUCUGACCCAGAGCAGCCAGAUGAGCCUGAACGGUUCUCCCAGCGAGCUGGUCAGCCAGCUCGACCCCAUCUUCAUUAUUGUUAUGUGCCCCCUCUUCAACCUUUUGGUAUACCCGAUGAUCGACCGCUACCGCAUCAAUUUCACCCCUAUUAAGCGCAUUACGGUCGGCUUCAUUUGCGUGUCGAUGUCAAUGAUCUGGGCUUCGGUCUUGCAGCACUACAUUUACCAGACCAACCCUUGCGGCAAGUACGUCGGUGACAGCAUUACCCUGAACGGCGUCGACUGCUCAGAGGCGGCCUCGUCUAUCAACGUCUGGGUCCAGUCGGGCGCGUACGUGCUCAUUGGCUUGAGCGAGAUCUUUGCCUCGAUCGUCUCGAUGGAAAUUGCCAUGAUCAUGGCGCCAAAGAAUAUGCGCUCGAUCGUCAUGGCUAUCGGCUCCUUCACCACCGCCGUCGCUGCUGCUAUUGGCGAGGCCUUUGUCGCCCUGUCGGCCAACCCGCUGUUUGUGGUCAACUACGGUGUAUUUGCCGGCCUGUCGUUCGUCGGCGGUCUCCUCUUCUGGUUCUUCUUCUACAAGAUCGACCGCAAGCAGGACGAGCUCAACCUUAUCGGCCAGGAGGGCUACGAGAAGGCCCAGGGCCAUGAAACGGGUGGCUUUGUUUCUACGAACGAAAAGAACCCCGAGCCGGCGACAGAGGCGCCUAGUAACGAGAAGGCACCUACUGUCCUCACCCCCUAA